AAAUUUUCAUCAACUGUCUUACCUUUAAUGAUAGAAAUAAACAAUGAGGAAUUAUUAGAAGUACACGCUCAAUCGUUAGCUAGUCAGUCAUUCUUAGCUAGAUCUGAUCAUUUCGUUAUGGGUGAUAAAAUAAAAGUAUUAGAUUAUGGUUGUGGUAGUGGUGUUGUUAGUGAAUCAUUACAAUUCAAUAGUAAUUCUAUACUAGGCGUUGAUAAGAAUGUCAAUUUGGUAAAGGAAUUUAAUCAAAAAUUCCAAUCUAGAGGUGUACCAAUUGAUAAAUUACAAGCUACAACUGAGAUUCCAAAGACUUCAAAGUUUGAUGUAAUAGUCUGCACACAAUUACUACACAAAGUCAAAGAUAUUGAUAGUGAGAUUAACAAACUAUCUAAUCAUCUAAACAAGGAAGGCGAAUUACUCAUAGUCGACUACUGUGAUCAACCUUUCUCACAUUCUGCAGUAUUGAACUCUACAUUCACAGGUGAUCAUAUAGACCCACCUGAGAAUAACGUACAACCUCACAGCUCUGCAAUUCCUUCAAAUAUACUCCAAUCAGCUAUACAUAAAGCUGGUUUGAUAGAUUACUCAUAUAGACCUGCAUUUUUACUAGACUACAAACAAAAUAAGAUACCGUUCUUUAUUGCAACGGGUGUAA